AUGGUACGUCAUGAUCCUCUCAGUGAGGACCGCGAAGACGAGCCAUUCCUCGAUGCCAGCGUCGCAGGCCCAGCCCAUGGCCCAGCCCAUGGCCAUGUUCCCUCCAAGCCGAGCAUUGGUAGCCGCCCAGUGGAGGCCAAUCCCGCCAGUUCGAUCAGCUUCCGGUUCAAAGUGAUUCUGUUCUCCAUGAUCCUUGCCGUGGAAGUCGGCUUUGCUUUUCUGGAAGGUCCCAUGGUGCGGAUCAUGGAAGCGAUCGCAUGUCGUCAACAUUUCUUGGGCGCCGAUCCCACAAAAAUCGGGGUAGACGGGCAGGUGCCCGAAACCCUCUGCAAGAUCGCCGAGGUGCAGGCGGAACUGGCGGCGGUCAAAGGGUACCACAUGUUCUUUGAUGGAACAAUUUGCGCCCUACUGGCGAUUCCUUACGGUCUGCUGGCAGAUCGGAAGGGUCGUAAAUCUACACUUGCUUUGUCUCUCCCCGGAUUUGGCCUGAACACAAUUCUGACUCUGGUCAUAUUGUGGUUUUCGGACAUUUUCCCUCUGCGCGCACUCUGGUUCACUGCCUUGACAUGGAUGCUCGGAGGCGGUCCCGUUGUCUCAUUUGCGAUCAUCUGGACUAUGAUGGCUGAUGUGACCACCGAGUUGGAAAGAGCCGAUAUAUUUUUCCAGUUCGCCAUCGUGUCAAUGGGCGCCGAGUUCUUUUCAGCGGCUCUGAGCUCCUAUUUGAUGAGCCUGAACCCAUGGAUUCCGUUGGUCAUUGGAUUCGGAAUCGUAAUGAGCGGAAUGAUGCUCAUCCUUAUCCUUCCGGAAACGAAACAUGCACUGCCGUCUCGGGAGCCUGUGCAACCUCACGUCGAGAUGUCGGAAAUACGGGAUGCCAGCGAGCCAAAGCUCGAUCUGCACGAAUCCAGUGCGCAUGACAGAUAUCACGACGAGCCCGACAUCAAUGGCGAUCGUGUAGACGAAGCUCCAUCGUGGAGUAUUCCAUCAUACUCGCACCAAUCAUUCCUGACGAAGCUUCGCGCGAACUACCGCUUCUAUCUGAAGCCAUAUUUGUUCAUCCUGGGCCGCAAACCGGUGCUUCUCCUCCUCACCGCGUUCUUGGUCUACCGCCUGAGUCGGGGCUCAUCGUGGUUCCUGGCCCAGUACAUCUCAAUUCGCUAUUUCUGGACACUCGCCGAGUCCAACUUCUUGGUCGCAUGUCGACCUUUAGUGUCCAUUCCGCUGUUCUUAUUUGGCCUCCCUUACUUGAAAAGCCGAGUCCUGAGCCCUCGCCGUUCAGCAACCGAGAGAGACCUCUGGCUGGCCCGGGGCAGCAUUCUCUGUCUAACCUUCGGCACUCUUGGAAUUGGUCUUUCGCCAUCUAUCGCGACCGUGAUUCCCAGCAUGAUCAUCCAAACCUCAGGAUCGGGCUUCUUAUACCUAGUCCGCUCGAUCAUCACUACCCUUGUCGAGCGAGACGAAACAGCUCGUCUCUUUACGGCCAUUGAAAUCAUUCAAUCGCUUGGGAACGUGAUCGCAAGUUUGACUAUCACCACCGUCUUCCAGCUUGGUCUGCAUCUCGGCGGGGUUUGGAUUGGGUUGGCAUGGAUGAUGACCAGCAGUCUGUUCUGCUUAGUUGGAUUGGCUAUCUGGUUCUUCAAACUGCCCCCUAGUCCGACGCCAGAGUUUGUGGUGGAAGAUUACGAUGAGGAUGAUAGAGCGUGA